AUGGGCCCCUGUACCGCCUCCUCAUGCUGCUGCCAGGCCCGUAAUCUGUAAUGGGCCCCCGUACCGACUCCUCAUGCUGCUGCCAGGCCCGUAAUCUGUCAUGGGCCCCUGUACCGCCUCCUCAUGCUGCUGCCAGGUCCAGAGUGUGUCAUGGGUCCCUGUACGGCCUCCCAUUGCUGCUGUCUCCAUCGCCACACUCUGCCAUGUGCCACUUUCAGGUCUCCUCACACUGCUGGUGGGUUCCAUUUUGUCAUAGGGUGCUGUAUGGCCUCCCAUUGCUGCUGCCUCCACCGCCACACUGUGGCUCCACACUCUGGUUUUGGCCCCGUGACUGCCCAAAUGAGUGAAGUGUGCGGUGAUUCUAAGAUCGACGGCACUCAUCUGCAUGUCAUACUGACUGACAGUAUUAUUUCUCUUCCCCAGCAGACUCCAAGGGCAUUUAAAUUAAAGGUACAGUGUUCUGCACUAAUAUAA